AUGAGUAAAUCAUUCUUUACUUUGAAUUUAACAGUCAUAAUCUUAUUGUAAUCAAUACAAAACUUAAAUGCUUAAAUUUGUUAAGCAUUUUCUAGGUAGCACCAGGCUAAAUAUUUAGAGGGCUAUACUCCUUCUAAUUAUUUGAAGUUACCUAACACUAAUAUACUUUUGAUAAACACUAUACUUUAUUAAAACGAUGCAUAGACUUAGAGUAUAGUAUAUUACAAUGAUAUUUCUAGUGAAAUUGAUAAUAUUGUGAAUGUGGUUAGGACUAAAUACGUUAUAUUUCAAAUGGAGUAUGUACAAGAAAGAAAUCAAAUUUUAGCUCUGAAUUCAUAAUAGCUAAUAUACGCAGAUCCUUAUACUCUUGAAUCUAAAUAAACAAUACCCUUCAGUGAUUUAAAAAGUAUGCAUUUCAUGAAAGGAUCUAAUUAUUGUGUCUUAAAUAGUGGAAAUUUUUUAUUAUAUGUUGUUGACUUUAUAGAAGGAAAAUAAAUUCUAUCUUUGAAUAUUAUACCUUUUAAUCCUGAUGCUGGUAAUUAUAUUACUUCUGCAAAGUUACUUUAGCUUUAAAAUGGUUAGAAUUUUAUAGCAGUAAUUGAUUAGUAUGGUGCUUAUACUUGGUCAAUUGAUUUUAAAACUUUAGAAUUCUCAUUCAAUGGAUAUUAUUCGAUAAAUUUUGAUAAUUAUAGGUUAAUAGAUUUCCACUAGAGCUAUGAUAUUAUAUUUUUAGCAGGAGAGUAUUGUCAAAUCAGGGCUUACUAGAUCAUUAAUUUAUAAUCAAAUUAGAUAAAAAGAAUUUAGAAUAAUUAUCUACCAAAUUGUCCAUCAGGAGAUGAAAUAAUCAGUUUAACCUUUAUAAAUUCUAAAAAUAAUUAAGGCAGUUUAUACCUAAGUAGCACGAAGUCUAUUUAUAGAAUAGAUUUAAAUUUUGUCUAUAAUUAGAAAACAAAUACAUAUGAUUCUUUUAGCUUUGCUAAUAUCAAUCAACCUUUUACUAUUUAACCACCUGGAGAUCUAAGUUAUGAAUGGUAUCAUUUGGAAGAAAGUCAAUAAUUUUUAACACCAUACAGCUAUAGUAAUUAUAAUUUAAAAUCAGCUAUAUUUGUUUAUUCAUAUAGUACAAGCACUUAGCUCACUCGUUUUGCUUUUUCUUCUAUAGGUUUUACAAAAACAUUUAGUUUCUAACUCAAUGAAGAAAUAUACUUUGCUGCUGCUACAUAUGAUCAAAUUUUAGUCACUAAAGAUUCUCCAAGUAAUCUAAAAUCUAUCCUUGCUUAUCCUCUUUUUUCUAUUAUCAAAGUAAGAUAAAAUACAUUUUUUGCUGUAAAAAACUGUAAUACUUGUUUUAUUGCUAUGCAUGAGGCUUCAUACUUAGCAUUUUAUAAAGUAAUGGACUCAUCAUUCACUCCUUAAGUAUACGAUUUAAGUUAGAUAAAUCUUGAUACUGAUUCAAUAAGCUUCAAUAUUGAUCCCUACUAAGAUAUUAAUCAAGCUAUUUGGGUUAUUGUAGGAUUACCUAAUAAAUAAAAUAAUGAAAAUUUCUUAUUUUAUGCUUUAAGUAUUACCUCUUAAUAAUAGUUUUAAUUGCUCUCUGAUAAAGUAGAAGAAAAUAAUCAAAAUACAAGUUAUGCCCUUUAUUCCUAAGAAGAUUAAGAAAUCGUUGGAAUAGCUGUUAAUGGAAGUAUUUUUGUUUGGAAUUCAACAGACCUUUCAUUCAAAUACUCAAUAGCGUCCAAUUGUUCUGACUCAAUAAUUGGUUAAUUAUUUCAUACUGAUAAUAAUAAAUUUCUAAUAAUAGUUUGUGGUAAUUACAAUAUAAUUAGCUAUAAUUUCUCUAAUAAAAUAUUUAAACCAUUAAUGAAACUAAAGUCAAAUCCAUACUAUUUAAAUGUAUUCAAUACAAUUAAUAUGUUUGGAGUUGGAGAUUAAAGUAGCGGAGAUGUUUAUUUAUUCAGUUUUAAUACAGUUACUUAAUAAUUUGAAUAAUUUAUGCAUUUCCAGUCUCCUUCUUUAACAGAUGCUGGAAAUAAUAUUCAGUAUAUAGAAAAGACUUAGGUUUUAUUUAUUUAGUAUUACUAUAGUAAUACAUUUUUCCCUAUUGGAUAAUGUCUUUAAAAUUUACUUAGUUGUACUUAGAAAUGCUAAAUGUAGUUUUAUUUUAAUACUACUGAAACUGCUGAUACUAAAAGUAUAUAUGGGAUAGGUUCUUUUGAAUAGCCUUAUACAACUUCUUUGAGUAUAAUUUCAUCUUUACUUUUAGUUUAAUAAUAUUUCGAAUUAAUAAACGGAUUUGAAAUUCUAAACGUCAAUAUAUUAGUGAGCAACUAAAAUUAGAUGGUAUUUUACAGUGAACUGCUAACUUUAUAUGUUUUUGCAUAAACAAAUUUAACAAUUUAGAGCUGGAAUAAUAAUCAAUUAGCUUAAAUUAAUGUAAAUUAGUUGCUCCAAUUCUCGGGUCUAUUUAUGCUAAACAUUGAUGAUAUACUUAUUAAUUUUAUUAUUAGUAGCUCCUAAUAAAAGUGUGGGGUCUAUUUCGAUGGUAUUAUUUCAAGUGCUACUAUAGAUAACAUAAGUAUAUCUUCAACAGAUAAUACAUCUGAUUGCUUCUUUAUUUAAAUAAAUAAUUCUUUGUUGACUAUUAAAAAUAUAAACUUACAAAGUUUAGAUUUUUCAAAUACAUCAACUUUAAUAACAAUCGUUAAUUCUUAAUAGAUUGUACUUUAAAAUAUUCUAAUAGAUAGUUGUAAAUUAAGUGAAAAAUUCAGUAUAUUAACCUAAGAGAGCGAUGUUAAUGUUAUUAUUGAUACUUUAAUAAUUUAAAAUAAUCUAUGCGAUAUAAAUUAAACUUACUAUCCACAAUUCUCUGGUUAGUUAUUUGAAGCUGGUGAAUUCUAUGUAGCUAAUAUGACAAUAUCCAAUAAUCAGUUUUGUAAUUUAUAGAUAUUCUCAACUGUGAGCACAAUCAAACAAAAAAAUUAAACAUUUUAGUUCUAGAAUAUAACUAUGUACAAUAACUCAUUUUAUACGACACACAAUUAUCUCUUUUUUGAUGCUAUUUAUUCAAUAAAUCCUCUUCCCUAACACACUUUAAAUAUGAGUUAGUUAAAUUUCACAGAUAAUUCUUACUUUCCCUCUUCUUAAGUUUAAUCAGAUAUCUACCUCGGAAUUACUUAAUUAGUUCUAACUGAACAAAUUUUUUCAGUUUAAAUAACUGAAGUUACAGUAAAAAACUAAUAAGAAAUAGCAUUUUGUUAAUUAUCCUAAUCUUCUCUAGUUUCAAUUAGCAAUAUUUCUUGCUUAAAUGAAAAAAAAAUUUUUGAUAAUUUAGUCAAUAGAAGGUAUGGUGGAUGUUUAAUUUUUAAUGAAAUAAAAAAGAUUAGCAUAACUAAUCUAUAAUCAAGCUAUAUUAAAGGAAUAAAUAAUUCUAUUUUAGUCAUAAAAAAUUAAGCUUACACAAAUUCAGUAAUAAAUUUAUCAAAAGUAGUUAUUACAAGUUCAUAUUUUGAAUAAACUUAAACUAGCUCCUAAGCUAAUCCAAUUUUAAUUACUUCCACUUAUACUUCUAAUAUAACAAUUAGCAACUCAAUUUUUAGCUAAAAUAGAUUAAAUGCAAUUCUUAAUACCUAAACUUAUUCAACUUCUGCAAUUCAGGCAAUUAAUCCAUUAGGUUCUAUAUAUUUAGUUAAUAACCAAUAUAUUAAUUCAGUAUCUAGUAGUAUCUUUAAUUUUCAAUAUAUAGUUGGUCUUAAUAUAACCAUCAUUAACGCUAAUUGCAAGCAAUCUUCAUUUAUUAUCACAGAUAAUGUAACAACUUUAAUAUAAUAAGGAGGUUGCUUAAGAGCUAAAUCAAACAAUUUAUAAAUUCUUUCUUCAAAUUUUAGUCAAUCCACAGCAAGCUAAGGCUCGUUUAUUUACUUAGAGAGUCUUAGUUCAGAAACAAAUAUUUUUAUAGAAAAAUCUUCAUUUGUAGAAGGCUAUGCUUAGAUUGAUGGUGGUGCAUUUUACAUAAAUUCACAAAACUCAAAUUUAAAUUUUGUGUGUAAAUCAUCUAACUUUAGUAAUAUCUAUACACUUAGUUCUUAUUCUUCCUCAAUUUCAAUAAUGUAAAUUAUUUUAAUUUAAGAUAAAAAUGGUAACUUUAUUCUAUUCUAUGAAGGAGAGUUAACCAAUAUUUUAGGCUAGACCAGCUCAUAUUUUUUGAAUACCUAAAAUUCUAAUGUUACUCUUUUUAAUAUUAAUAAUAAUUUUAACUAAACCUAUCCUGAUUAUUUGAAUUAAAUAACAUUGCUUUCUGACAUCUAAUCAGUGUCAUUUUUUUAACUUUAAAAAUCUAUCCUUUCAAUUGUUGAUUGUGGAUUUUAAAAUUUAAUAAUAAAAAAUUUACAAAACACUUCCCCUCUUCUAAUUAAUGCUAUUAAUACGAGUAUUAUAAUUUAAAGAUUAAUAAUUAAAGACUCUACGUUUUCCACAUACUUAAUUAGUGUCAAUUAAGGAUCUCUAACAAUUGAAGAAUCUUAAUUUAUAAACAUAAAUUAGAUAUCCUCAAAACGAGUAUUACAAUCCUAGAUUUCUCUGAUAAAUUCAGGAGCACUUAUAUCACUAAAUUAAUCUAAAUUAUAAAUUUAAUAAUAAACAAUAUUUUAGAAAAUAAUUUGCAUGCUAUGCUUUGGCUCUAUACUUUAGUUGAACUAAACACAAUUUUUUAUAUCUGACUCUAUGUUUUUAGAAUCAAAAGCCAAUAUCGGUGGUGCUCUUUCAGUUAAUGGUUUGGUUUCUAAUCUUAAUUAUAUAUAAAACACUCAAAUGAUUGGAAAUACUGCCAUAUCAGAUGGAGGAGCUAUGUUUUUAAAAGCCUAAAAAGAUGAUGUUUUUACUUUAACUUUGUCUAAUUGCUAAUUUACUGACAAUCAAUCUUUAAAUGGAAGUGGUGGAGCAUUAUUUAUUAGCUCAGAAAAUGAAUCAACAGCACAGUAAUAGAUCAAAAUUUAUAAAACAAAUCUAUCAAAUAACAAUGCAAUUAUCGGAGGAUGCAUUAAUAAUCUAGGUAUAAAUCCAGUUAUAGACUCUUAAAGCAUUAUAUUGAAUAACUAGGCCACUCUUUAUGGAGAUAAUAUCAAUUCAUAUCCUGAUCAUUUAGGUUUGAUCAUGACUACAGAUUUAAAUAAAUACUUCAAUUAGUCAACUAAUUCUUUAAUUUUAUCAAAUAUUAAAAGUGGAGCUUAAAUUCCAGAUAUAAUUUUUUAGCUAAAAGAUUAAACAGCUAAACCAAUAUUUCCAUUAGAUGCUGAUAAAAUAAUAAUUUAAGCAUAAUUUAGCAGCAAGACAAAAAAUAUAUCAAAUUAUUACAUUAGAGGAAAUUCUACAGCAUUUGUUGAUUUAAAAUAGAAAUAAUUUGUUUUUUAAGGUAUGUAAUUAAUAGGGAUUCCAAAUUCAAAAGCAAUAAUUGAGUUCAAAUCUGAUGUUAUAAAAAUUUUAAAUAAAUAAACAAAUUAAUUUGAGUCUAACUAUUCUUAUGAAUUAGAAGUUUAUUUUAGAAGUUGUAAUUAUGGUGAAAUUGAUAAUUUUUACAAUACAUAUACAGAAUGUAUUGUCUGUGAAUAAGAUAAAUACUCUCUCGAUAAACAAUAAUGUUAUUCAUGUCCUUCUGGAGCAAAAUGCUAAAAUGGAAUUAUAUAUGUAAAUUAAGGAUUCUGGAGAAAAGAUGAAAGUAGUCCUCUUGUUGUAGAAUGUGUAAAUAAGCCUUCAAACUGUAUUGGAAAUACUUAUGGGAAUUAAGUAUGCUUAGAAGGUUACAUAGGACCUCUAUGUGAAGAAUGUGAUAUUUAUGGAAGCUAUUGGGGAGAAAGCUAUUCUAAAGUUGGAUCUUAUUAAUGUGGGUAAUGUAAAGAAUUGAGUGCUUUAUUAUGGAAAGCAAUCUUAAUAGUAAUCUGGACUUUAUUUUCAAUUCGACUUGCCAUAAAAGGAGACUUAGAGGAAUAAGCAAUAAAUGCUUUUUAAGUAGCUCUGAAAAGCCACUUAUUAAAGAUAAAUCAAAUCACUUCAUUAAAAGAGACUAAAUAUUAAUCUAAAUUAAAUGUCAAAUAUGAUAACCAAAAAGAUAGAAAAUCUAGAAAUGGAGAAAAAGCUAGUGUUUAUAUUAAAGUAUUCAUUAACUAUUUACAAAUAAUAGGAUCAAUUAUUACUUUCAAUAUAAAAUUAACUACAGAUAUAUUUGAUACUUCAUAGUAUUUAGGAACACCUGUAAGAUAAUAAAUGAAUUCCGCUGAAUGUAUAUUAAAAGAUAUAUAAACAGAUAUACCAAUGAUAUAUCUCAAACUACUAUUUACUCUAAGUGUUCCAAUUGGCUAUUUAAUGGUGUUUAUACUUAGUUUAAUAUUAUAAAGGGUAUUUACAAAUAUAAAAGUUCGUUAUUAUUCUAUUUGCACUGCUGCGAUCUUUAUAUUUAUUUUAGUUUAGCCUGAUUUAGUUUCUUAAAUGAUAGCUAUUCUUUCAUGCAGGAUAAUUGGAGAUUCUAGUUAUAUACUCUAUAAUAUAACUUAUGAAUGCAACACUAACCAGCACUAAACCUAUAGUUCUACCUUAGUAGCUCCUUGCUUAUUAGUGUUUGCUUUUAUUAUACCUAUUGGACUUUUUUAUAUACUAUACAAAAAUAAAAAUGAUUUACAAAACAUUUAAGUAUAUAAGAAAUAUGGCUUUUUAUAUAAAGAGUAUAAAAGCCAAAAAUAUUAUUGGGAAUUCGUGAAAAUUUUAGAAAAAAUUUUAAUCAUUAUAAUUCUUAACUUCUAUUCCCAAGAUACUAAUAUUAAAGGAGUGCUAAUUUUUAUAAUGAUUUCUUUAUAUGGGAUAGCAUCUAGUGUUUUAUAACCCUAUCGUUUGAACGGGUACAAUACAGUUGAUUUCUAUCAAACAAACGUGUGUGCAGUUUCUGUAUUACUUUGUUUAUUCAUUAGCAAUAAUCCCUUCAAUUAUUAUAGUUAUUAUAGGACUUUUAAUUUGCUUGUUCAAAAGUUUCAAAAAUAAAAAUUAAAUCCGUAAUUGAAAGCUAAAAUAAAAAGAAUUUUUUAAGAAUUUUUAAAUCUUAGUGAUGAACAAAAGUAUGAUCUUUUAUUCUCUGGCUUAAAGAUAUAAAUAAGUAAAAAUCAUAAAAGACUAUUUAAAGAUUAGUAGAUUAAUUAGACUAUUAAAUAAAAUAAACUAAAUGACUUAGCUACUAAAAAUUAACAAAAAUUAAACUCUGAAAGCUAUUACUUUGGUAAAGAUAAUAUGAAUAGCCCAAAUACUGUAUAUACCAGCAAGACAAACUAAUCUCCUAUUUUUUUAUAAUUUGAAGAUUUAAAUUUAGUAAGUAAUUAAAAAGAGAGUUAAAAAGAUAAAGAUGAUAACACUAAUAAAUUAAUAAAACUAAAAAAAAAAUACUUAGCUAUUGAAAAUUAACACAAAUUAAACUCUGAAUACGAUUACAUUGAUAAAGAUAAUGAAAAUAACCCAAAUACUGUAUAUAGCAGAGAGAUAAACUAAUCUCCUCUUUUUUAAUGUAAUAUAUAUAAUAAUUUUUUUUUAAUCAUUAAAUUUUUUAAUUAAUUAUUAGGAUUCGAAGAAUUAAAUAUGGCAAUGGAUUAGAAAGAGAGUUAAAUAGAUAAAAAGGAUAACUCUAAUGAAUAAAUAAAAUUAAAUUCUGUUAACCAUGUGGAUAAAAAUAAUAAUUUAAUUUAUUUUACUGAAUAUAAAAUAGAUAAUACUUUAAAUAUCUGA